UGGCAUAAAUUCUGUAUGUCAAACAUACAUUAACAGUCACCUUCCUUGACCUUAGCAAUUUCGGCAAACCAUCUAUCAUAGUAUACAUUGUUUAGACAAAAAUUUGUAGAACUUAUCUAUAUAGCGCACAGAUAUGUAAUCAUUGCUGAUAAAAUGUGGCGUGGUGUCUCAGAAUCUGUAUGAAGUUUUCUUUACCCUAUUUCUAUCAGUUAUUAGCUUCUGCCAGUGGCUUCGCCUGCUUUCCAGUGGGAUUAAAAGUAUCCUAUCACCUAAGUCACUUUAUACCCUAUCAGUAUACCAAAUUUCAUCAAAACAUGUUCAGUAGUUUCAGCAUGAUUGAACAACCAACAUUUAGAUGUUACUUCCGAAAAAAUAACCUUUCACAUUUAUAAAUUAGUGGGAUUUCGAUUUUAGAUCUUUUAGACCUUUAUUACCCAACUAUUGCCCUUGCUAUUUCUAUACUAAGUUUGACAUGGAACAAAAUAAAAAAGUGAAAUAUAACUAAUGUAAAAAUUCUAAAAAAAGUGAUUAGCAGCUUCUGCCAACUGGUAAUUUUUAUGCAAUGUAAUAUAAUUGGUGGACAUUUUACCCAUUAUGUCAUUCAUUAAAAUCCCACUUAGCUACAAAACAUAUUACAAGUAGAUAUUUCAUUCAUAAAUAUGUUAUGAAUGGUAAAAUUGGGUGUCAAUCAAAACAUGGUAAAUAAAUAUGUUUAUGUCAGUGUUAUAAUUAAUUAUCUAAAAUAGACUGCCCAAUUUAACAAUAUGGAAUUCAGAAAUGUAUUUGAAAAUCAACUUUAACAUUUAUACUUAGAAUUGAAUUUUCAAUGUCCUCACUCUUCAAAAGACUCUUUUGUAAGGAGAAUUAGAAACAAAAGUAGUAGAUUACAUAAUUUUUGCAUAAUAUCGGUUGCAUGUGCUAUGAAUAUUGUUUAGCCUUGGCCUUGUAGCAACCUUGUUGUCUGUAAUCAAAGCCAAAGGUACUCGGAGUAACAAAAGGUAGUUAUUAUUUAUACUGAUACAACAUACAAUUGCUGAUUGGGUGAAAUAAAAUCAAAUCAUAAUACUAUUGUAUUCAGUCUUCGGUUAAACUUGGAACAGAUAAUAAGUGCAUCUUGAGAUAAACAAAUUAAUUAUUUUGUGCGAAAUUAAAUUGAUAUUAACUGUUAUGAAUGUGAUAAGUUUGAUCCGGUUGUGUUGUAAAUAACUAAUGGAGAAAUUAAAUCAGUUUAAAGUGUAUUGCUCGAGUUAUUUUCUAUUUGGGGCUGGUUAUUUAAAGCGGGCGGACACAGAUCGUCUACAUGAGAUAUUCUUAAAGUUCGCCACCGUCGACAGGAACGGUGAGAGGUUCAUCACCAGUGAAGAUUUUGUACGCAAGUUUUUAGGAUUAUUCGAAGAAGAUGACUACAAUGCGGAAUCAGUCAAGCUCAUCGCGGGCAUCGUGGACAUGGACAAGGAUGGGUUCAUCUCAUUCUCGGAGUUCCAGGCGUUUGAGGGCCUGCUCUGCGUACCCGACGCGCUGUACAAGACCGCCUUCCAACUCUUCGAUACUAACGGCAAUGGACUCGUCGCUUUUGACGAGUUUGCGGAAGUCAUGCGCAAGACGGCCCUGCAUCAGAAACUCCCAUUUAACAUGGAGAGCACGUUCGUCCGCUUGUACUUCGGCAAGGACAAGAAGAGGCUAGUAACGUAUCCUGAGUUCAGCCAGUUCCUUCACGACUUCCACGAAGAGUAUGGAGUGGAGGCCUUCAAGAAGUGCGACAAAGAUGGAACAGGCUUCAUCAGCGCUGGGGACUUUAGGGACAUUAUGCUGUCUGUGAAGAAACAUCUGCUAACUAAGGAGUUGAAUUCUAAAGUUAUUAAUGCUUCGGGCUUCCCUCACGGUGAACGCAAAAUCAGUUUCCCCUACUACAUGGCCUUUAAUUCUCUUCUGAACAACAUGGAGCUGAUCAAGAGGGUCUACCUUAAUGCUACGAACGGUACUCGGACGCAAGAAGUGACCAAAGAAGAGUUUCUACAUUCAGCUCAAAUGAUGUCUCAGAUAACGCCCCUAGAAGUCGAUAUAUUGUUCACUCUGUGUGAUAUGAUACAUCAUACUAAUGGCGAACGGGGAUCAGACAGCACAUGGGUAACGAGUUCGACUCCCGUCUCUAGAGGUCGAAUCGUAUACAAUGAUCUCAACUCCAUCACACCCGAACAAUACUUCAAGCAAGUCACACGGCGCGUAGCAGAAAUCAAGGCUGUCUCCAGUCCCGAAGAACGAGGCGUGUUGAUACAGAUAUUGGAGAGCACUUACAGAUUCACACUCGGUUCUGUUGCUGGUGCCGUCGGUGCGUCAGCGGUAUAUCCCAUCGACUUAGUAAAGACUCGUAUGCAGAACCAACGUACGGGCUCCUUCAUCGGUGAGGUGGCGUAUAGGAACUCCUGGGACUGCUUCAAGAAGGUCAUCCGGCAUGAAGGCAUCUUCGGCUUAUACAGAGGAUUGGUACCACAACUUAUCGGAGUGGCCCCCGAGAAAGCUAUUAAAUUGACGGUGAACGACUUCGUUCGUGACAAAUUCACAGACAAAAAGGGUAAUAUUUCCUUAUACGCAGAGAUCCUCGCCGGUGGUUGUGCCGGUGGUUCACAAGUAGUGUUCACAAAUCCUCUAGAAAUCGUGAAGAUUCGUUUACAAGUAGCUGGUGAGAUCGCGGGUGGGUCCAAAGUAAGGGCCUGGUCUGUUGUCAAGGACCUCGGCCUGUUUGGCCUCUACAAGGGGGCGAAGGCCUGUCUGCUCAGAGAUGUGCCUUUCAGCGCUAUAUACUUCCCUGCUUACGCUCAUGUUAAGGCUAAAUUCGCGGACGAGAACGGCUACAACCACCCUCUGACGCUGCUAGCAGCCGGUGCUAUCGCGGGUAUCCCCGCCGCCUCACUCGUCACACCUGCCGACGUCAUCAAGACUCGUUUGCAGGUGGUAGCUCGAUCGGGACAAACAACGUACAACGGUGUAAUAGACGCGGCGCGCAAGAUAUACGCGGAGGAAGGCGCGCGCGCAUUCUGGAAGGGAGCCGUCGCCCGAGUGUUCCGCUCCUCGCCGCAGUUCGGUGUCACACUCGUCACUUAUGAAAUACUACAGCGCUUGUUCUUCGUCGAUUUUGGAGGAUCACGCCCAGCCGGUUCAGAGUUACACGUGGCGACACCUAUCGAGGAAUCAGUGAAGAAACCACAUCACAUCGGCGGCUACCAGGUGGCGCUGCCAGUACUAACGGGGCUCGAGACCAAGUUUGGUAUCUCCUUGCCUCGCUGGUCGGCACCUAAACCUGCGCCGGCGCCGCAGUAGUAUCAUAGUAAGGAUCGACGCACGUAGAUAAAGAUAUUUAAUAUUCUGAAAAUUGACACACUGGCGUUGUUUUGGAUAAAUACUAUCAGUAGUUGAUUAUAAUUAUGUUUAAAAUAUGGCUGGAUUCAAUAAUCUGUUUGUCCGUAGAUCAAAUUACAAGAGGUAGAAUUUUGACACAUUUUGUAUGGAACUUCAUGUCCAUUGUCUAUCUUUAGGAGCAAAAUCUACUGAAAGAUGGGUUAUUAAAACUGGCUAAUUGUUGUCUCGCUUCUUUCACAGUGAUUCUCAUUGUGAAAGCGAGAUAGAAACAAAACUAUAAUAAUUUUAAUUGUUAUUGGUUUUUAACCAACUUCAUCUACGUACACUAGCUAUACAUAACCAGUAUAUCUUGGUCUCGCUUUGUAUGACCUUUCAGUACAUUCAACGGUCAAUUUAUACUGGUUUUUUAUAGCUUGAUGUGAAGUUAUGUUAGCUACUGAUAUGUUUAUCCAAAAACGCAUCGUGUAUAAAAUAAAAUGUAUGUAGCAUACUAUAUGGAGUAAGACAUUACAAAGUGAGAUUAAGGAUUAUUAAAAAAAGGUAACAUUAUACAUUUUAUAUCACACGUUACUCAAGAGAUUUCUUACAAUCUAAAGUAUUUAUCGACAUCGCUUUGUUUACAAUACAAUAAUAAUAGUACAAUAUUGUAUUGACAUGCCUCUGCCUACCCCUUCUGCGGCUAAAAGGCGUGGUAUUAUUACAUAAACAGUAUGUAUCACCAAGCAGCCAAAUGCUGGCAAAAACAUCAAUAUUUUUGUUGCAUUAAAUUAGUUAUUCUAAGCAAAAGUGUGAUAGCUAUAAGUUUUUUAACACAUAGUGUAUAAUCUCUUCAGUACAAUGCCUGAAAUAUCUUGUAAACCGCCCUGAAACACGUCACGAUUUUUAUAAUAUACCUAGUUUUGUAUGAAUAAUCUGCUUACUUGAAAAACUCACAAUGAGACUUUUAUGCCCACAUAAAUUAUGAAACCACUGCUUUUAUUAGUUCUAAGUAGUAUGAAAAUCCAUAUAAAUAUGAUUAAGUAUAUUUUUAAUUAGUAUAAUUUUCAAUAACCAUGAGAUAUAAUUGGUGAGAUUUUUGUAAUAAUUUUAGAGUCAAUGAGUAUGAAAAUUGGCGAAAUGUGGACUCUAAGUACACCUCUGCCUGUCCUUUUGCGGAAUAAAAGCUUUGGUGCUAUGUUAAAUUUUAAAGUAUACAAUACUAAAGUAUUCUGGAGCUGCGGACUACCUAACGGGAUACCGGGGCUCCGGCUCGAAAAUCAGGAGAGGGAAGGGGUUGGUUUUUGUCACUAAGAGUCUGAUACUCCUCUUGCCUCGCCUAAGGAAGAGCGCAAGAAGUCAUUGGGUGACUUUCCCCCCUCAAUAAAUAUUAUGAAACGAUUUGUACUUCUCUAAAAAAGGAUUCAUAUUUGCCAAAAUGUUCCUAAUCGACUAGGUAGUCAGUAAACCUACUUAAUUAUAUUAUUUGUAUAUGUAUUUUGAGAUUAUUAACAUAAUUUUGUAUGUUGAAAACUAAAGCUCUCUUCGAAUAAAACUAACUAUAAAAAGUGUGUCCUAAAACUUCGCUAAAUUGUUCAUAUGGAUUUUCAUACUACAUUACUGGAAGUAAAAACGUUUUGAUGUAAAUCACGACCUUACUACCUGGUAAUAAUGUCGGUUUUUCUAUAUCAAAGUUUUGACUGUCUCUGUAGGCCAUUUUAAUAUAAAAAAUAACAGCGUAGUCUAUGCACCUACUAGCAUUUUAAUGACUUUUAAAAAAGUCGAAAUUUUUAGAUUUGUUUUUUUUUUGCAUUCGAUAUGUUACAAGUAGCAAUUUUGUAACAUUUUAAGCUUUAUUAAUAUUUAUUAAUCGCUUUUAAGAUUAUUUUUGUAACUUAGUAUUGUUUUUUCCAAAUAUUUCUGCAUUUUUUUUAUGAUACACUGCCAUUAUAAAAACCACAUUUAGUUGCUUUAAGAUUUUUAAAUCUACUUAUAUUUUUUAUAAAAACUCUUUCUCGGAUUAUAUUGCAUUUAGAUUAUAAAUCAAAUAUUUUUGAACAGAUCUUAAUUAUAAUAAUCACACAAUUUUGUAUUUAUUUUACUAAAAUUAUUGAUAAUUGUAACAUAUCAGAAUGCCUUUAGUUUUAAGUAAAAUCGAAAUCAAAGCGAACUUAUUAUUGUUAUAUUUUAUUUGUUAAACAAAAAUAUCAGACGGUUUGAGUGUUAUAUGAAACAAAUUGUGUCUUGAAUUCGCGUAUAUACCAACUUUUUGUUAAAAUAUUUUAGUCUUAUAUAUGAGACUUCUAACUAAUCCAUAUCUCUUAGAGCUUUCGAAUAUCCAUUUGCCUUUUUCUUAAAAAGAUUAAAUAACUAUUUAUAUUAUCCCAAAUAUAUAAAAACAACCACUCCAAUUAUUAUAUUUUUUUCAAAUAUGACAAACUAGAUAGAAUGUCCCAAGAAAUUUGCAAAAAUAAUGUUCAAAUUAUUAACCGAAGAACGAAUUAAAGAGUGUAUAAUAUUAUACAGACAUUUAGAACUAUUUAAUAGGCUCCAAUCGCAUGAGAGGGCGCUUUAAAAUUCGGCAUUGGUGUGCGUGCGUUGCAAAUUAAUCUUUAACACUUCAACUUCAACGCCCAGCGUUGAAAAUACAACACUGCUCGAUAAAAGCAUCGCGUUUUAAAAACGCUUAACGUGUAAACGUAUACUAGCAGAUGCAUUUGUUCCAUUUGAACGCUUUUUUAACGCGCGUCAAAAAUAUCUCGUGCGAAUGGGGCCUUUUAAUGAACGUUUUAUUUUGAAAACGCCAUGUUUUGACAAACCUUGGACGAAAUGAGAUUUGCGUGAACAAGGCGAGAAGUUAAUAUAAAUAUAUGAUAUUUCUAAAUGAUAACUGUAGCUUGGGCACGUCUUCUAUAUCUUCACCUAUUUAGCAAUAAAUAAAAUAUAAUAAAGAGCUGUGUAUACGCUUAGUUUGUACGCCGUUUAGUUCCUAAAACUGUAUCGAAAUGUUCAAUUUUAAAAUGAAGAAUAAUAUUAAACCUUUUAAAUUUUGAGCUGGAAGUCUUGAGAAUUAGGAAAGAAAUCAGUCGCUACAUAUUUUAAGACAGAAAUUUAAAUUGAUAUUCAACUUUAUACCAUUGGUAUACGGUUGGAAAUCUAUUAACAAAUUCAUUGUCAAGAUUUCUAGCACAAUCUAUAUAGAGCUACGGAGUUAAAAUUGUGUAUUUACUUUACUAUUUUUAAAUCUAUCUUAUUUUAUUUUAAAAUUGAACAAAGUAAAGGCGGCCCAAUUUCAAAUGCACAAUUUUGUUAUCGAGCGUAAAAAUAAGUUAAUGUUGUAUGACAACAUUGUAUAAAGUGAAUCAUAGUGUAACGACAGAUAGAAAGCUGAUGUGACUAUAUUUAUUGAUAUUGUACAUUUGUGUUAAUAAUAAAUCGAAUAAAACCCUUA